AUGGAAGACCACCAGCUUAUUGUCGAAACAUCUUACUUAUUGACGAAUUCCAAUCCGUAUCUUGACUAUCCUCGCCCAAUGCUUCAAAAAACCGUUCCUGUUGGAGGGAUCACUGUUCCUUCUGAUUUGCGAAAGCAUAAGUUGCCAAAGAAGUGGGACGGGAUACUUGAUAAACGCAACCAUACGGUACUGGUAUCCUUUGGUUCGGCGGCAAAAGCGAUGUACAUGCCUAGCAGAUACAAGUAUGCAAUCCAAAUUGGUAAAUCGAAAUUUGAGACAAACCAGAUUAGAAUACUGUAA